AUGGAUAAUGGUGAAAAGUUAACUAAUAAUACUGGAAGUAGUAUUGAAGAGCCAACUUCAAUUAUAAACCGCGAGAUGAUGGUAGAAGGUGAAAAUGAGGAGAAACAUCCUCCUGAGGAGUAUGGUGAGAUUGAUAGUUCUGGUACAGAUGAUGAAAAUGAAGAUAUUGUCUUUGGAAGCUCAGCCAAGCAGUUCUUAGAAGAGUUGGAACGAGCAUCAGGAGCAGGUUCUCAUUUUGGGGCUGAUAGUUCUCAUGAUCAUUCGCAGAGAAUUGACGGUCAAAUUGUGACAGACUCGGAUGAAGAAGUAGACACUGAUGAUGAUGAGGGAGGUGGGAAAGAGAUGUUUGAUUCUGCAGCAUUGGCAACUCUUUUGAAAGCAGCUACAGGUGCUUCCUCGGAUGGUGGCAAUAUCACUAUAACUAGAUCAUAA